AUGGCGGAGCUAAGCUGGAAUAUCCAUGAUAUGAAGUCGAUUCUAUACGGAAACAGCGAGGUCAAGCCAGUCGCUGGAGCUUGUGCCCAAUUGACACAUUUUUUUCUCUUUAAAGAGGAUACUCUACGCUCCUUGAUCACUUGUCUCCACAAGCUCAACCUCCAGGCAACAAGUCAAUUCAACAUCUAUCUCGUGGAUGUUCUGAUACAAGGCUUUGAGAACACAGACAUGGCUUUACAUUAUGGUGCUAUGUUUAGGGAGUGCAUCCGCCAUCAGAUUGUUGCCAACUUCCUAACUUCCGCUGCAACUAUUAAGGCCGCUUAG